UGGAGACAAAACAGAAAAUGUAGAGAGAGAAUGGAGGGUUCGGCCUGGGUGGAUUCUUCUUUCUCUUCUUCUCUCCAUAAAAGGGGUUUUCAUCGAUAAAAACAUCAAACCCCAAAUUAUGUUCACAGUGUUGAAGCCUCGUGCUGUCCACAAAUGAAAAAGAGAAUGUUCAAAGCUAAAAACUAAAUGUGAAGGUCCGACCAAAUCCCCACCAAAAAGGCUCCAAAGGCAUAGCAGCACCUCUCCAACCCACAACCCACCCAGUCUUUUAUUCUCCUUAAAGAAACCCUUCCAAAUGCAACCUUCCACCUAUCUUUGGAUUUUUCCUCCCACCCCCAUCUCCCCAGAAUGUACUUGUACCUCUUCCCAUUGCCACAUAUACAUGCCUCGUUAGACUUUGCAGCUCAGCUGCCUUUUCUACUCAAACUUUUACGUCAUACAGAAUCAAAUAAACGGAAUUGAUGAAUUAAACUAAUAAUCUAAAGUCUUAUAUAUGUCCUAUAUAUAUGAGCAUAGGCAUCUAAGGUCUUCCUUAAAGAGGGUACUUACUUCAAAUCCUGUUGAGUGUGAGACCUUCCUCUUCGUCUUCCAAUGGAUAGACAGACUGAUCCAACUGUCUUUCAUUCAUCCAUUGCUCUUCUGCAAGAGAGGUUCAGACAGUUGGAGAGAGCAAAGGAGAUGAGGCAGGAGAAAGAGCUCUCCCGGCUGUUGUCUGAAUCAAAGCAGAUCAAUGCAGCUAUGCCUCACGUGCCAUCCAGAUCGUUUUUCCACUCCGAAUUGAUGCUUCAACCAGAGCUGCCUCUUCAGAGCACUCUAUACAGUGAAGCUAAUAUGCACAUGCAGAACAAGCAUACCCAGGUUCAGGCCAAUCAGACUCCAAUCUUGGAGAAUUUAUGGUCCAGAGACACUGUCAUGCACAAAACUAACUUCGAUGAUUCAGAUGUCGAUACUUCACUUCAUCUGUGAAAAAGUUUUACAAUGUUAUUCUAUCAAGUAAUCCAGUGGCUUCCUUCCGUUUCUUAAAGUCUUUACUCUUGUUCAUGGGGCUGAAAGAAAAGGGGAAAGGAAACAAAAAAUGGAGCUAAAACAAAAGGAAAACAGAAUGGUAAUGUAACUAAUGUCCAUUAUCCUCCGUAUCUUCAGCCAUUACAUAGUCAUCAGAAAGGUGAUCCUCUUGUCUCUUUUGAAAUGCAUCCUCAUCAUAUGUAAUGUUAUCCAAGUUGUCAACAUUCGUUUUUCUCUUCAUGAUUUUGGGAAUCAAUCGAGUUACUUCUU